AUGGCACCCAAGAAGAAGGCUAUCAAAAAGAACAAAGCAGAGAUCAACGAGAUGACCAUCAUCGUAGAAGACAGCCCCCUAAACAAGCUGAGUGCUCUAAACGGGCUCCUAGAAGGCAGCAACAGCCUUAGCUGUGUCUCUUCUGAGCUAACAGACACUUCCUAUGGCCCCAACCUCCUGGAGGGUUUAAGUAAAAUGCGGCAAGAGAGUUUCCUGUGUGACUUAGUCAUUGGUACCAAAACCAAAUCCUUUGAUGUUCAUAAAUCAGUCAUGGCUUCGUGCAGUGAAUACUUUUACAACAUCCUUAAAAAGGAUCCAUCAACGAAACGGGUGGACCUCAAUGAUAUCGCCCCCUUAGGCCUAGCCACGGUGAUCGCGUAUGCAUACACGGGGAAGCUGACCCUCUCCCUGUACACAAUAGGAAGCAUCAUCUCUGCUGCCGUGUACCUUCAGAUCCACACUCUUGUGAAGAUGUGCAGCGAUUUUCUGAUACGAGAGAUCAGCGUUGAGAACUGCAUGUAUGUUGUUAAUAUCGCCGAAACGUAUAGCUUGAAAAACGCCAAAGCGACAGCCCAGAAAUUUAUCCGGGAUAACUUCAUCGAAUUUGCAGAAUCGGAGCAGUUUAUGAAGCUUACCUUUGAACAAAUUAAUGAGCUUCUCAUAGACGAUGACCUGCAGUUGCCUUCUGAGCUAGUAGCGUUCCAGAUUGCAAUGAAAUGGCUAGAGUUCGACCCCAAGAGAGUGAAGCACGCAGCAGAUCUUCUAAGUAACAUUCGAUUUGGUACCAUUUCUGCACAAGACCUGGUCACUUAUGUUCAAACUGUACCAAGAAUGAUGCAAGACGCCGAUUGUCACAAACUGCUUGUGGAUGCUAUGAACUACCACUUACUACCUUAUCAUCAAAACACGUUGCAAUCUCGGCGAACAAGAAUUCGAGGCGGCUGCCGAGUUCUCAUCACUGUUGGGGGACGCCCCGGCCUGACUGAGAAGUCCCUUAGUAGAGACAUUUUGUAUAGAGACCCUGAAAAUGGAUGGAGCAAGCUCACAGAAAUGCCAGCCAAGAGUUUUAACCAGUGUGUGGCUGUGAUGGACGGAUUCCUUUAUGUAGCUGGUGGUGAGGACCAGAAUGACGCAAGAAACCAAGCCAAGCACGCUGUCAGCAAUUUCUGCAGGUACGACCCUCGCUUCAACACCUGGAUCCACCUGGGCAGCAUGAACCAGAAACGCACGCACUUCAGCCUGAGCGUGUUCAACGGGCUCCUGUACGCGGUGGGCGGCCGCAACGCGGAGGGCAGCCUGGCUUCGCUGGAGUGCUACGUGCCCUCUACCAACCAGUGGCAGCCCAAGGCGCCGCUCGAGGUGGCACGCUGCUGCCACGCCAGCGCCGUGGCCGAUGGCCGCGUGAUCGUGACGGGCGGCUACAUCGGCAGCGCGUACUCGCGCUCCGUGUGCGCCUAUGACCCCGCGCACGACGCGUGGCAGGAGCUGCCCGAGCUGAGCACGCCGCGAGGCUGGCACUGCGCGGUGGCUUUGGGCGACAGGGUGUACGUGAUGGGGGGCAGCCAGCUGGGGCCGCGCGGGGAGCGCGUGGACGUGCUCACGGUGGAGAGCUUCAGCCCCGCAGCGCGCCAGUGGAGCUUCGUGGCACCGCUGCCCGUGGGCGUGAGCACGGCGGGAGUCUCGGCGCUCCACGGGCGCGUGUACCUGCUGGGCGGCUGGAACGAGGGCGAGAAGAAGUACAAAAAAUGCAUCCAGUGCUUCAACCCCGAGCUCAACGAGUGGACGGAGGACGACGAGCUGCCCGAGGCCACCGUGGGCGUGUCCUGCUGCACCCUGGCCAUGCCCAACAGCGUGUCCCGCGAGUCACGGGCCAGCUCGGUGUCCUCCGUACCGGUCAGUAUCUGA